AAUCUCAUAUUGCUUUUUUAAAAAAAUAGAAUUUUCCUGUUUGGCGAAAAUUAUUUGUCAGCAGGAAGAACAUAACAGCCGAUAUUAUUGAGAAUAACGGACCGAGAAUUUUCGUCAAGACGGCGUCCAUCGCAACGCUGGAGGCUCCAACCGAUCUACAAAAGAAACCAGGAUCGGGGAAAGCUUUUGACAUGCAGAAUAGAGAUCCAAACACUCUCAACGAAUAUCUUCAGGUGGAGUUCGAUGAUGUCAUAGCGGAGCCCGAAGGUACCUACUCCGUCGAUUGCGUUUGGAAAAGCUCCAACCGCCUGUUCACCUGCUCCAAGAAUUGCUGCUAUAAGACCCUCACUCUGAUUUGCGGCCUACCCAUCGCCUUCAUUUCAGGCUGCACAUUCGCAUGUUUGUCGUUCCAGCACAUCUGGUGUGUUUCCCCCGCUCUGCGUCAGUGCCGCAUCAAUUGCUACAUGGUGCGACAGUACCUCACCUCGAUCCUCGACUCGUGCCUCGGACCCUGUUGCAGCGAAAUGGGACUCUGUCUGAGCAGAAUCCGUAUUGGCAAAUACCAACUCACUUCUAAUGAAGUGGUGUAAGGUUGGAUGUCUGGUCUCCUGCUUUGCAAUAGUUCCAUAUAUUCGCAUUUUGUCAUUUUAAUAUCAAUUUUUUAAAUGUGUUAUGGUGUGUAUAGUUUUACAUGCUGUGCUUACGUGUGUAUAACUUUAGUGCUUACAUGUGUAAAAAAAUUU